AUGAAUAUGGAUUCUCUUCCGAUAAAUAAACGAUUUCAUUGCAAUGCACCAAUGCCGCCGCCAUUCAUUCCCAAUGAAAUUGUUGCUGAAAUUUUGUGUUUGCUUCCUGUGAAAACGAUCCUGCAACUGAGAUGUGUGAGCAAGGCAUGGAAAACUCUCAUAUCCGGUCCAACUUUUGUCCAAAAACACUUCAAGAAAUCAUCAGAAAACCCACACUUCUUCUUCAUAUCCGAUCCUUUCUUUAUGAGAAUAGACAAAUCUGUCCGCUUGAUUAGUUUAUUCGAGACGGAUCCGUGGAUCAUUGUUUCUAACGACAAUUUCCUUGAAUGGUUGGACUUGGACAAUUGCCAGGUCGUUGGUUCUUGCAAGGGCUUGCUUUGCUUGUUUUUUCAUCAUCGCUAUCAGAAUUACUGGUUUUGGUUAUGGAACCCUGCCACAAGAACUCUAUCAGAAAAACUAGGGACUUUUCAAGAAUAUGUCUAUGACACUAUAUAUCAAACUUGCAAUUUCACUUUUGGUUGUGAUAUUUCAUCUGGAAAUUACAAGGUCGUGGCCUUAAGAAGCUUUGAGGUUCGGGAAGAGAACGCACUUUCGGUGAGAAGUCAAUUCAGAGUUUUGAGUUUGAGUUUGGGUGAUAAUAGAUGGAGAACUUUUCAAUAUUGCGCUUCCAUACCUGUUUGCUUGAUAUAUCCUCAAAUUAAUAAUGGUCUGCAUUUGAAUGGUACUGUUAACUGGUUAGCUCUUCCCAAAUACAUUAAACCAUCUUCUAAAUAUGAUUGGAAGUCUAUUGCUAAUGCUCAACAGUUUGUUAUUGUUUCGCUUGAUCUUUCAUCCGAGACAUGCACGCAGUUUCUGCUGCCUCCGGGUUUUGAAGAGGUGCCAUGCUUUCAGCCAGCUCUUAAUGUUCUAAUGGACUGCCUUUGCUUUUCGCAUGAUUUUAAGGGAAUGCAAUUUGUUAUAUGGCAGAUGAAGGAGUUUGGAGUUCAAGGGUCUUGGACUAUGUUAUUUAAAAUUAAUUACUUUGAUAUUCAAAUGCUCUAUUCCAAUAUGGAUAAUAUUUCACAUACUACUAUUAAACGUGGAACUCUUUUAUUGCCAUUGUACCUUUCUAAGAAUGGAGAUACAUUGAUAUUGGCAAAUUAUGCAGAAGACCUAGCCAUGAUUUAUAAUCAGAGAGAAAAGACAGUAAAGAGAAUUGGAAUUGCAAACAAACUGUGUGGCUUUUCUACCAUGGACUACGUAGAAAGUUUGGUUUCAGCUUGUUAG